UGUGUCUCUGCAGCUCCCAGCGCUCCUCCUCAGAACAUCAGCCUGGAGGUGGUCCUGUCCAGGAGCAUCAAGGUGUCAUGGCAGCCGCCCCCGCGCAGCUCCCAGAACGGCAUCAUCACGGCGUACAAGAUCAGAUACAGGAAGACUGGUCGCCGUGGAGACCAGGAGGCCAUUGAACCCAACAACUUCUGGUACCUGUUCACAGGUCUGGAGAAGGGCAGCCAGUACAGCUUCCAGGUGGCGGCCAUGACGGUGAACGGAACGGGCCCCCCCAGCGACUGGUACUCCGCCCAGACGCCAGAGAACGACCUGGAUGAGAGUCAGGUGCCCGACCAGCCCAGCUCUCUGCACGUCAGGCCGCUCCCCAGCAGCAUCAUCAUGUCCUGGACGCCGCCGCUCAGCCCCAACAUCCUGGUCCGAGGUUACAUCAUCGGCUACGGCGUGGGAAGCCCCUACGCAGAGACGGUCCGCGUGGACAGCAAGCAGAGAUACUACUCCAUCGAGAACCUGGCCUGGGCGGCCUGCCCAGGUCGGACCGGGAACCAGUGUUGGAACCGAUGCAGCCUGGGCGACCUGCCCGGGUCAGACCGGGAACCAGUGUGGGAACCGAUGCAGCCUGGGCGACCUGCCCGGGUCAGACCGGGAACCAGUGUGGGAACCGAUGCAGCCUGGGCGACCUGCCCGGGUCAGACCGGGAACCAGUGUGGGAACCGAUGCAGCCUUGGCGACCUGCCCGGGUCAGAGCGGGAACCAGUGUGGGAACCGAUGCAGCCUGGGCGACCUGCCCGGGUCAGACCGGGAACCAGUGUGGGAACCGAUGCAGCCUUGGCGACCUGCCCGGGUCAGACCGGGAACCAGUGUGGGAACCGAUGCAGCCUGGGCGACCUGCCCGGAUCAGACCGGGAACCAGUGUGGGAACCAAUGCAGCCUUGGCGACCUGCCCGGGUCAGACCGGGAACCAGUGUGGGAACCGAUGCAGCCUGGGCGACCUGCCCGGGUCAGACCGGGAACCAGUGUGGGAACCGAUGCAGCCUUGGCGACCUGCCCGGGUCAGACCGGGAACCAGUGUGGGAACCGAUGCAGCCUUGGCGACCUGCCCGGGUCAGACCGGGAACCAGUGUGGGAACCGAUGCAGCCUGGGCGACCUGCCCGGAUCAGACCGGGAACCAGUGUGGGAACCAAUGCAGCCUUGGCGACCUGCCCGGGUCAGACCGGGAACCAGUGUGGGAACCGAUGCAGCCUGGGCGACCUGCCCGGGUCAGACCGGGAACCAGUGUGGGAACCGAUGCAGCCUUGGCGACCUGCCCGGGUCAGACCGGGAACCAGUGUGGGAACCGAUGCAGCCUGGGCGACCUGCCCGGGUCAGACCGGGAACCAGUGUGGGAACCGAUGCAGCCUGGGCGACCUGCCCGGAUCAGACCGGGAACCAGUGUGGGAACCAAUGCAGCCUUGGCGACCUGCCCGGGUCAGACCGGGAACCAGUGUGGGAACCGAUGCAGCCUGGGCGACCUGCCCGGGUCAGACCGGGAACCAGUGUGGGAACCGAUGCAGCCUUGGCGACCUGCCCGGGUCAGACCGGGAACCAGUGUGGGAACCGAUGCAGCCUUGGCGACCUGCCCGGGUCAGACCGGGAACCAGUGUGGGAACCGAUGCAGCCUUGGCGACCUGCCCGGGUCAGACCGGGAACCAGUGUGGGAACCGAUGCAGCCUGGGCGACCUGCCCGGGUCAGACCGGGAACCAGUGUGGGAACCGAUGCAGCCUGGGCGGCCUGCCUGGGUCUGACUGGGAACCAGUGUGGGAUCCGAUGCAGCCUGGGCAGCCUGCCUGGCCUGGGCAGCCUGCCUGGGUCUGACUGGGAACCAGUCUGGGAACCGAUGCAGCCUGGGCAGCCUGCCUGGGUCAGACUGGGAACCAGUGUGGGAACUGAUGCAGCCUGGGCGGCCUGCCUGGGUCUGACUGGGAACCAGUGUGGGAACCGAUGCAGCCUUGGCGACCUGCCUGGGUCAGACCGGGAACCAGUCUGGGAACUGAUGCAGCCUGGGCGACCUGCCUGGGUCAGACUGGGAACCAGUGUGGGAACUGAUGCAGCCUGGGCAGCCUGCCUGGGUCUGACUGGGAACCAGUGUGGGAACCGAUGCAGCCUGGGCAGCCUGCCUGGAACCAUCAUGGCUGCAUUCCUUUCCUCCCUCUCCACUAACGCCAUGGUUCCUGCUCCCUGGGCCUCCUCAGACCCCGUAGACCCUUUAGAGGAGGACCUUUUCCAUCUCUUUGAUAAAUUCCCGACUCCCAUGCCAGACACCAGCACUCCCAUGAUCCCCCCAGUGGGGGUCCAGGCUGUAGCGCUGUCCUCGGACUCUGUGCGCGUCUCGUGGGCCGACAACUCCAUGACCAAGAACCAGAAGUCGUCAGAGGUCCGGUACUACUCCGUCAAGUGGAAGUCCAGCUUCUCCACCAGUGGAAAGUACAAGUCUGCAGACACCACCGCUCUGAGCCACACCGUCACCGGACUCAAACCCAACACCAUGUAUGAGUUUGCCGUCAUGGUAACCAAAGGUCGGAGGUCCAGCACCUGGAGUAUGACCGCACACGCCACCACAUAUGAAGCAGCUCCAGGCUCCGCCCCCAAAGACCUGACCGUCAUCAGUCGGGAAGGACGUCCCCGUGCUGUUCUCAUCAGCUGGCAGCCGCCGCUGGAAGCUAACGGACGGAUCACAGGAUACAUCCUGUUCUACACGCUGGACAAGAACUCGCUGAUAGACGACUGGGUGAUGGAGGCCAUCAGCGGCGACCGGCUCACCCACCAGGUGGCGGAUCUGAACCUGGACACCGUUUAUUACUUCAGGAUUCAGGCCAAAAACGCCAAAGGGGUGGGGCCUCUGUCUGAGCCGGUGCAGUUCAGGACGGCUAAAGUGGAGCUUCCAGACAAGAUGGCCAACGAUCAAGGGCGAGGGGAGAACACGUUCUGGGCCUCCUGGGAAAAAAACCCGGUGGACCGGAGCAGCAUCAACGAGUCUCCCAUUGGUCAGAUGCGUCCUCCUCACGGCAGCGCCACGCCUCAGAAGAAUAGCUACCUGCUGGUCAUCAUCCUGGUCUCGGUGGGAGCCAUCAGCGUGGUGAUCGUCACGGCGCUCGUCUGCAUCCACCGCUCCUCCUCCCAGCAGAGAAAGAAGCGGGCGAGCCACAGCGCUGGGAAGAGGAAAGGCAGCCAGAAGGAGCUCCGGCCGCCGGACCUGUGGAUCCACCACGAGGAGAUGGAGAUGAAGAACAUGGAGAAAGCUCCCAGCGUGGCCCCGUCCGGCCGCGACUCGCCCAGCCAGUCCUGCCAGGACCUCCCCCCCGUGGCCCACAGCCAAUCAGAGAGCCAGAUGGGCAGCAAGAGCAGCCACUCCGGAGCCGACCCAGACGAGGCGUCCAGCGGCAUCUCCACUCUGGACCGUUCCAUCUCGGCCAGGAGGGGGACCCGAGGGAAGAUGAUAAUCCCCAUGGACCUGCAGCCCAGCAGCACACCGGUGGUCAGCGCCAUUCCAGUUCCAACACUGGAGUCCUCCCAGUAUCCUGGGAUUCUGCCUUCUCCAUCCUGUGGCUUCACACACAACAAGUUCAGCCUGAGGCCGAUGCCGUUCCCCAGUCUGACCGUGGACCGAGGAUACACUGCAGCGAUGCCCUCAGACUCCUCCACCGCUCCUCUGCUUCAGCAGCAGCCUCCACCCCAGCCGGCCGCCCCCCUCCUGCCUGGCUGCGCUGCUCCUGCCUCGGAGCACGUUCCCCCCGUCGGCCCCGUCCCCGGGGCCCCCGCCGCCCCGGGCUCCUCAGAGGAGGCGCAGACAGGCGGGGGGCGGACCAUCCCCACGGCCUGCGUUCGGCCGACCCACCCGCUGCGGAGCUUCACCAACCCGCUGCUGCCACCGCCGAUGGGGACCAUCGACCCAAAGGUUUACUCCUCCAUGCUGCCACAGUCCGGUGCCAGCCUCCCCAAACCCCAGGUGAAGACGGCGUCCCUGGGUCAGGCCGGGAAGGCUCGCUCACCUCUGCUGCCCGUCUCGGUUCCGACGGCGCCGGACCUACAAGAGGAGGGAGGAGCGAAGCCUGCGGAGGAUUCAUCUACCAAUGUCUACGAGCAGGACGACCUGUCGGAGCAGAUGGCCAGUCUAGAAGGACUGAUGCAGCAGCUGAACGCCAUCACUGGCUCCGCCUUCUAACAUGCCGUGGCCUUCAGCCGUGGACCAGACUGGAACCUCCCUGCUAGCCUCCAUAUCUCCUGCUGUCAGUUUUCCUGGAGUGACUUCUGGAUCGUGGACCGGAUUGAAACGGGAAUAAAACAGGCAGCAGGAACUCAGCUGCUUCGACUCCAUGAACUAGACCUGAUCUGAGGUGAUUCUCUACCUGCGAACUCCAGCUUCUUCAACCUCAGACAGGAAACCGAAAAAAAAUCCAAUGCCCAGAGGCUGACGAGCAGGAGGGAGAGAAUAUCAGCAAAAUAGACAAAGAUCCUCCUCUUUCUCCUAUCUGUGGUAUUUAUGAGCGUCGUCCUCCACAGCUACGGCGGGAGGUGAUGCAUCACUCGGUUUUUUAUCUUUGUGCAUUCACAGGAUGUGGAUUUAGUUUGAAUUCCUACAUUUAGGAAAAAACGGAACAUUUUCAGCCACCAAAGUUUCACUGGAACCUUAUCUUUCUCGUGGACCUACUGCUGCCCAUCAUUGUUCGUGUGUUUUCCUUCUUCGUUUACUUGUUGUCUUCUAAAAAAGGAAAACUUUCUGCUGAAUGAGCCGUCGCCCUGGCAACGCGUGUAGCCCCUCCUUUUCCCUGAUGAUGGGAAUUAGGAAACAAAAGUUCUCCUGAACUCUUUCCAGAUCCUCAUGGUCUGCUUCUGUUUCAGCCCAGAAAAACAAACAUCUUUUCCAGCGGAAGUUGUGUUGCUGCCAAAUUGUGACCUUGAAAGCUUCGUGUGAAUCUUUAUUUUUGUUUCUUUCUGUCUGAAUGAACGAACAGAUGGAGGGAAAAAGGAACCAAAAUCCAAACAGUUUAACUUUAGAUAGACCAGACAGGGACCAGACGGAGGUCAGGGAUCAAAUUCACAGCUGUGUUCAAAAUGGCCGCCGCUCAACGUUUAGCUGUUAAACACGGAAACAUUUAAUAGUUUAAAAUCUGUCUAAUGCUGCCUUCAUGUGGUAAAAAUCAUCCUUUGGAAAGUUUAAGUUAGAAAAAAAUAAUUUUGGCGAUAUAUUGUGAGUUUUGGCUGCCUGAUGUUAUAUCGAUCUUUCAUUUCCUAGUUUUGAUUUUUAAUCAAAAGAUUUUUAUCUAAAAUUAUGAGGGAAAUAGGUUCACACCUGAUCCGCCACUAUGGCAGACGGCGCCAUGCAGCCUUCUGCUGCGCGGCGCAGCGCCGUCAGAGUGGAAGACAUCGACCGACUCAAACCCCCCAAAAAAAUAAAUAAAUGAUCAAUACCUUCUGAUGGACGUUUGCAGUUUGCUUUCUUAUCCAUACACUAAAUUUUGAUAGCUGGGAAAAAUAUUGCGAUACUUGUUGAUAUUUCAGUAUCGUGAUAAUAUCGUACCGUGACCCAAAUAUCGUGACAUCCAUCCCAAUACUCCGCCCUAAUGCUGGCGCAUCUACAUCAGUCACAUGACCAAACCCAGCUGUGACGUCAGUGUCGUCAAAGGUCUUCAGGCGCGUUUAUAGAAACACUACUUCACGCAUUGCUAAGCUCUAUGAAAGCAUCGUUAAAACGUCAUUAAAAUGGUCUGUGGCAGGAAUGGCUUCGGAUCGGGAAAAGGAAUGUUUAAUUAUCCGAAGGACCCGGUUUUGCGUUAAAUUUCUAUCCUAAAAGUAAAUAAAUCUUCCGGAGAAUCUGUGGCGUCCAAACCGAUACGGCAAACGAUGUUUGGAUCACUUUAUGGCAUCGAUCCUGCUCUCACAGUUCGCCGCUCUCCGCAGUGCUGAAAGGUCAUCUUAGAAACUUAUGUUUCAUCAGAGUUCUCAGCUUUCCAGUAGAAAUUCCAACAUCACUGCAUGUUCAGCUGCAGCUUUGAUCUAGUAUUUUAUUUCUCAUAUUUACGAUCCCACAUGAAGGCAGCAUGAAAGACCAUGUAGCUUCAGCCACCAAAGCGUUCUAGGCUAACCCCAACAGCGCAGAGCAAACCGAUUAAAGCCUCUGAUUCUACUAAACUAUGUCAUACGGAGCCCCCUGGGUGUCAGGGGAAAAAAUAAUAAAAAAGCUGGUGGAAAUCCGUGGGCACGGAGCAGCUGUGUGCGCACGGAAUGCAAAGUUUAUUGAUCCUAGCACACGGAUCAAUAAACCAAGAGCACAGUUUCUUAAUCUGAUAUUUCUCUGAUAUUAAAAAAACUCACUGGAUAGUUUUUAUAGUUAUUAGCCAGCUAGUUAGCUUCCACAGUUCAUGCUUCAGAAUGCUAGUAGAUGCUAAAAUAUAUGUCACUAUGCUAAAUCUUAGCACUGGCAUGUUAACAUUUUUUCUUAUUCAUUGAUUUUCCUGUUAGCCGUUCAACAAUUGCGUUUGUGUUUAGCAACAAAAACAGCAUGCUAACAUAUAGCUUUGAUGUUCAACAAUUGAUAUGAUCAGAUAGCAAAUGGAAUAACAACAGCGAGCUAAUGGGUGUAGCUAUGGUUAGCAUCUUGCUAAAGGAGAAGAAAACUUCAGCAUGCCAUUAAUAUUCGUGCUACAGUUGCAUAAAGCGUUAACUCGCUAAAGGUAUCUACAUUAUUGUUAGCCUAAAGACAUUAGCACACUGACACUUAGCCUCUACAAUUGACAUUUUAUCAUAUACUUUAGCGUUAGCGGGCUAAUGGAUGGAGUGAUAAGUGACAG